CACUGCAUGCCGACUACGUAGCUAUACGAGUUCAAAGGCGCAAGAGGUAUAUAAAACAUAAUAGCUAGCAUAGCUAUUUUAACAAGUGUAAGGUCCCACUUUCUUAUGUGCCACAGGUGGUCAAUCAUGUAUUCAGGUUGAUCAGGCCCUUCACGCAACCAGUGGUAAGACUACUGUGUACAGCAUAAUUGUUCCCUGCUGCUGAGAUGCUGCAUAGUCUGGUGGGGAAAUCCCUGGGCUUUAUUGGCUACACCAUCCAGUAUGGCUGUAUAGCGCAUUGUGCCUUUGAGUAUGUAGGCGAGUUUGUGACAUGUUCAGGACCUUCCAUGGAACCCACCAUCACAAACCGUGAUGUGGUUUUUUCUGAACGCGUCAGCCGACAUCUGUAUAGAAUAGAAAAAGGGGACAUUGUAAUAGCUAAAAGCCCAUUUGAUCCAAAGAUGAAUAUUUGUAAAAGGGUGAUUGGACUGGAAGGAGACAAAGUGUGCAUCAGUGGGCCAUCCGACAGCUUUAAAACCCAUACUUAUGUACCAAGAGGCCACGUGUGGCUUGAAGGAGAUAACCUGCAGAAUUCCACAGAUUCCAGGAGUUAUGGUUCCAUUCCCUAUGCUCUGAUUCGAGGGCGUGUUUGUUUAAAGCUGUGGCCUCCACAUAACGUUGGACUACUAAAUGAAAGCCCUAAUGAUGGAAGAAUUGUAUAAUGUGAAUGACAAAGACCAUGCAAAUUACAAUUUUUUAAUAAAUUGAUAUUAUUCAUGGC